AUGAUCUCGAGUAUAAUAAAAUAUGCUACAGUUAGCUCAAUUAGGCAGAACGGCGCGGCGUUGAGAUCGCCGCCGCUAAGCGACUACUCCUGGAGAGUGCCACGAGAGGGAAAAGCGUUGAAGGCGCAGAGGUGGCUCCUCGAUGCGGCAGGUGGCCCGCCGAAUGUUCUUGCGCCGAUAUUAAAGGCUCAGGAUAAAGAGUUCUGCAUGGCAAUACAUUUCUCCGGUCAAUACGUAGGUUCAAGAAUAUUAAGUUUGCACGAACGGCCUUCGAUGCAGGAGUGGAAAGUUGAAGAACUGAAAGUUCCA